GUUCCUCCCCCCAGCACGCAGUGCAUUGUGGGUAUUGUCCAGCUCGAGUGAUUGGAGCUCGGUGCCUGUAGCGGAGUUACAGGAUCUCUGCGAGAGGAGGAGGAGGAGAGGAACAGACUCCCAGCUCUGCGGCCGCCAUUGCUCGCUCCGGGUCUCCAGUUGUGUGCCAUCUUUCUGCUUCAAGAAGAUUCUUCAAAAGUUGUUUCUAAUUCUUGGCAUACCCACAUCCCCAGCAUAAAUUUGUUUCUUAGUGGGACUUUUCCCUUGUAUUGCUCCACUGACAUUUCAACUUUGGGGAAAAAAUAAAAUAGCUCUACAAUGGCAAAAUCAUAUCAGCAUUCAUCAGUAAAUAGAGAUAUGUCGGCUCAUCACAGACGUGAUGCAACAGGAGUAGGUCUUCUUGCUGCUAAUCAGUCCUUAAAUGUACCAUCCUCUCUUGGAAGACUGAGCCAAGGAUCUAGCCGUCUUGCUAGUUUAAUGAACCUUGGAGCAAUUUCAAAGCUAAAUUUGCAAGGAUCUCAUAAUCCAAUGUCAUCUAGUUCCGCUUCUCAAAGUUUGCCCUCUAUAUUUAACAUUGGUAAUAGAGCGCCAUCCUCACUCUCCUCUCAACAUCGAGGAGAUUCUGAUCAGGCCAGUAAAAUUUUGGCCAGUUUUGGUCUUUCUUCUAGAGAUUUGGACGAGUUAAGCCGCUAUCCAGAGGAGAAAAUCACUCCUGAAAACUUGCCCCAGAUUCUUCUACAACUUAAAAGAAGACGAUCAGAAGAACUUCCUUUAUUAGCUUUCAGAGAAGGUCGAUCUCGAGAUCAACAGUUGAGAGGUCCUAGUGAUGACUGGGAUGAUGCACGACCAUUUAGGAGAGAUAGUUUUGAUGAUCGUUCAUCUGGUUUGAACCCUAUUGUUGAUUAUGAUCAUGGGAAUCGUUCCCGAGAAGCUAGUUUUCAUGACCGACUAGAUUUUGAAGAUGACAGAGUAAGAGAGCGCGAGAGGUUUAGAGAAGAGAAUCUGUUUUCUGAAACCCCUUAUAGCAAAUUUGAAAAUGAGUAUGACCGUUUGGGUUACAGCCGAUCACAAGAAAGAUCACUUUUUGAAAAACCAAGAGGAUUGCCGUCAAGUAGCAAUAUUGAUGAUUUCCAUGGAUUUUUACCUAAAGGCUUCCCCCACAUAUGUUCCAUAUGUGAUAUUGCUGCUCAUACUAAGCAGGAGUGGAACCAACACAUUAAUGGACCGACACACAGGAGACGCUGCCAGCUGCUUCUUGAAAUAUAUCCUGAAUGGAAUCCAGAUGCUGGUCGUGGAAUGGCUGAUCCAUUUAUGCUUCAAAAAUCCACUAAUCCUGCACCAGGAAUAUUGGGACCACCACCACCACCUCCUCCUCCAUUACACAUGGGAGGUGGUCCAGAAGGAGGACGUGGAGGCCACAGAGGUCACCUAGGAAAUGAAGAUAUGUCCAGAGAAAGACACAUGCAGAAAGGCCGACAGGAGCUUAGCAGAGUUGUUCACAUUCUGGACUUCCAGAGGGGAAAGAGUUUAAGGUACCAGCUUCUAAAGCUUGCAGAGCCAUUUGGAACAAUCACAAACCACCUAAUUUUGAAUAAAAUCAAUGAGGCAUUUAUUGAAAUGUCAACUUCAGAUGAUGCUUUGGCUGUAGUGGAUUACUACAGGAAUAAUCCAGCUAUUGUUCUUGGACAGCCAGUAAGAGUUCACAUGUCUCAGAAAUACAAGAGAAUAAAGAAACCUGAGGUGAAGACUGAAGAAAAAAGUGAGCCAAAACCAGAUGUUGGCAAAGUGAUACAUCUGAGUAACUUACCCCAUUCUGGUUAUUCUGAUGGAGCGGUUGUCAAGCUUGCUGAAGGUUAUGGAAAAGUGAGAACUUACAUAUUAAUGAGGAUGAAGAACCAGGCUUUUAUUGAAAUGGAGAAAAUGGAAGACGCACUAGCAAUGGUUGAACAUUGUGAAAAGAAACCUCUUUGGUUUCAGGGAAAGUGUUUAAAAGUAGACCUUUCAGAGAAGUACAAGAAGCUUGUUCUACGAAUUCCAAACAAGGCGAUUGAUCAGCUUCAAAAAGACAAAACCAGAAAAAGAGCCCACUCUCCUGAUCGUAAAGAAGGACCAAGUGAAAAGAAGGCAAUUAAAACAGAAGGCAGUCAAAAAGGGCAAAGCACCAAUGGAGCAAGCAAAUCCACAUCUACUCCAUUAAAAGAAAAGGUGUCCUCUUCUGCUGAUGAUUCUGCAGCAAUGGAAACAAAAACGGAUGAACAAGCUGAAGAGAGUGAGAUUUCUGUUACAUGUGAGAAUGACCUUUUAGUGGAAGAAGAAUUAGAAGAAGAAGAAGAAGAAGCAGCAGCAGCUCUGCUAGAAACCAGUAGUUCUGUUGGAGAUGAAACUGAUCAACCUGACAUAAGUGAUGAUUAUUCAAAAGUAGCCACUAAUGAAUGUACGAAGGAAGAUCUUCGUACAUUCAAAGCAAAACAAGAGGGUAAAAAAAAGGGUUCACAUGAUUAUCCUGGCAAUAUGGAAGAUUUUGUUACUCUGGAUGAAAUUGGUGAAGAAGAAGACUCAGAAGGCCAAAAGUUAAAAGCUAGCAUUGCAGAAACCUCCUUUGAAGAUUCGGCAACUAAAACGGAUGACAGUAUGGUAGAAAUGGUUAUGGCCAGCACAAGUGUUGAAGAACCGGAGCAUGAAAAUGAAGGUGCAACUGAUGAAAAGGAAGUACAAAAUGCAGAAAUAACCAAAACAUCUGAAACCGUAGAAUCAGAAAAUGCUGCUCAUGCUGAUCCUGUAGAAAAGACUGCAGAUGUACCGAAGUGUGUUAUUGGACCUUUCCAGCCGAAUAAUCCUCUUGGUGUAGAUUAUGUUGUUCCUAAGACUGGAUACUACUGCAAACUAUGCUCAUUAUUUUAUACUAAUGAAGAGGUGGCUAAAGUGACACAUUGCAGCAGUUUGUCUCAUUAUCAAAAACUAAAGAAGGUCAUGGCAAAGAUGGCAAAGAAUACAAAGAAAAAGGAGUAAAACAAAAAAAAACUUUUUCUUUUUUUUUUUUUAAUUCAAAAUUGGAAUGUUGAGUUUUCAUUUUCACAAAAAGUGUUCCUGUUUUAAUACAGAAAAAAAGUAUAAAUAAAUGUAUGUUGGUUGUUUUUCUUUUUUCUCAUGUCUUUUGAAAUGAUAGCGCGAGUACUACCAUUGCCCUUUAUUGUUGUAACAACUGCACAAUAACACAUGUAUUCAUCAAUUCUACAAAGAGUAUUGGGCCAAAAUAAAAAUAAAUGUUAAAUGAUAUUUCCAUAUUUUUUGUUUUAGGAGUGUAUAUAUAAAAAUAGUCAGUAGUUUGGACUUUCAUGUAAUCGCUUGCACUCUGGAUAGCAUGAGUAUCCAAUGAAGGUUAUGGAAUUACACUGCUUAGUAGUAAAUGUGUAACGACGGGUGUGGCUUGGCUUCACUUCAGAGGAUAAAAUGUCAUCCAUGCACUGUACUAGCAAUGUUUUAUAACUAAAGAUACAAACAUUUGGGCCAGGAGCACCUGUGACUUACCAAGUGCAAGAAAUUAUUUUAUUUAACUUUUUGUUUUUAGGAGUGCAUUCCAGGAUAUCAUACUUAAAGACUGGAUCUUUAGUCAUAUGUUUCUAAUCUCUACAUAUAUUCUGUUAAAAGAAGAAACAUUGUCAUAUGUCAUGGGAAUUUAGUGCCUAUUUCAGUCAAUAUUUGGAUUGUCAUAAGUUGAUGUUAUACUGGUAUUAAAUUGCAUCUUUAGUAGAUAUGUAUAUUUAUCUAAUGUACUUAGUCUUUGUUUCUCACACAUUCAGAUAUGUGGACUGGAGCACAAUUUUUAUUUUUCUAGUCAAAAAAAAAAUCUUUGCUUUAACUUUCUCUCAUGUUGACUCUCCAAGAAUGUUGAUGUAUGCAUAGGCCAUUUGCCACUUAGACAGAAACAUUAAAGGGUUACACCAAGCACCAUGACUCCUUCAGUGAUGUGAAGUGAUCAUGGUGCCUAGAGUGUGUGCAGCGUUAUGCAAUGCUGCCUGUGCAGAGAUUAUUCCCUCUGCUGCAAAAAAUUCCAAAAUCUAUUUCUUCUUAGACAUAGUUGAUUUAAUAGGUUUUUUUGUUGUGCUUUACUUUAGUUAUAUAUUGGUUUAUUGUAAAUCCCUAUCUCAGAAAACUAUAUCAAUAUAAGUUAUAUUAAUCUACAUGUCCAUAAUUAGCUUAAUCUGGAGUAAAGGUACACAAGUUACUUUGGAUUUCAGUAUUCAUAAGGGAAGACAGUAUUGUUUUCUACUCAACCUGUGUGUGAUAAACUAGAUGGUAUUUAUGAAGUUGAUUCCAAACUGCUUAUUUGGUACGCUUUCAUAUAAAGUAGGUGAAACAUACUGAGGAUUUGUCACUUAACUGGGAUCUGUGUUGUGAAAUUUUAAUAAAAAAAGUACUCUUGAAAAUA